CAGUCGGAGAUCUGCUUCGCACAAAAGGUUCAGCUACACAGUCGGUGUUGUGGGACGAGGUUGUGCGGGUGCGUUCGCUUUGCUGUGGAGUGGAAUAGUGUAUAAAAAAGCAGUUUCGUGGAGAUGUCCGGACGUGGAAAAGGAGGCAAAGGUCUGGGGAAAGGAGGAGCGAAGCGCCACCGUAAAGUCUUGCGGGACAACAUCCAGGGGAUCACCAAGCCGGCCAUCCGCCGCCUGGCUCGGCGCGGCGGCGUCAAGAGGAUCUCCGGCCUGAUCUACGAGGAGACCCGCGGCGUGCUCAAGGUGUUCCUGGAGAAUGUGAUCCGCGAUGCCGUCACCUACACCGAGCACGCCAAGCGGAAAACGGUCACCGCCAUGGAUGUGGUCUACGCAUUGAAGCGGCAGGGCCGUACCCUGUACGGCUUCGGGGGCUAGAGGGCGGCCCGGCCCGGGCCAGCUCAGCCCGGAGUUCCUCGUCCAGGCGGACUUUGCUAUUUUAGGGUUUUAAUCUUUCACAAGCAUAGCUUGGCUUCUGUUGCGCGUCCCCGCAGCUCCGAGUCCGUCUUCGAGUAUACUAGUCUAUGUAUGGUUGCCUAGCUUUGUAGUUUUUGCAGUGGCCCACUGGGAAUCAGUCCGUUCAGCUCUCCAUGAUCUGCUUUUGUAUAACUGCGCCGCGGUCGCCGCUUUGUGCUUCCAGUCAGUGGGUGGGUGGUGGACAAUGGGAGCCACUGUGCUGUUGGAAACGCCUGCAUCGGCUCAAUGGUGUGCUUCGCCUCCUGGAGCAAAACACACAUACAAACUGUUGGGUGAACUCGGCGGGUCAGGGCAGCCUCUGUGGAGGCCAAAGGAUGGUCAUCGUUUCGGGUCGAGACCCAGCAUCAGGACUUGACUCGCUGAGAUCUUGCAGCGGUUUUUAUUUUGCAUCACGGAACAGGUUCCAUUUGAUGUGAUCAAAAGACGUCUCUGCGCUUCCGGAGAGGCAGCAGUGUGUUUCCUGGCUCCAUCCGAGCUGCAUUCAACCGGGUUCGUGCCGCCGCAGACUGGUUUCGGGCGACUGCCUUUGCUAUCAUUUCUUUGAACUCACAGGACUUUAUUUACUGCUUGCGAGAAGGACAUUUUUUGUGAUGGUCGCGAAUUUUUUUUGGUAGUUGCAAACUAGGACCAGCCUCUUAAUUAUCGUUUAUCUUGUCUGACUUUUUUUGGGGACUUUGUUACUCUUUUAUUGUUGCAUUAAAGCUUGUUUUUUCAUGUC